AUGCCUGAUAAAUUCACUUUGUACUGGCUCGAUGAGUCCAGAGCCCAUCGUAUUAUGUGGAUGUUGGAGUUGCUUGGGCUUGAGUAUGAAGUUGAUGUUCAUCUUCGCCACCCAGAAACUUGGAGAGGCCCAGCAGAAUUGUUCAAUGUUCACCCCUUGGGAAAGGCCCCGGUUCUAGAGAUCAAAUUUGCCGAUGGCCGACCAAAUCUUCAGUUAGCAGAAACCGGGUUGAUUAUGCAAUAUCUAUUGAGACACUAUGAUCCAUCGUUUAUUCUCACACCCAAAAGAGAGGAUGAGCAACUUAUGGUUGACUAUUUUAUCCACUACUCAGAAGGAACACUCCAGCCAAUAUUGAUGGCUAUGCUAAUAAAUACCACAGCAAAGCGAGUCGCACCCAUUGGACUAAAGACAGUGGCCAAAUUAGUGACUAAGGGUUUAAAUAAUGGCUACUACAUUCACGAAUUCAAAUUAAAUUUGGAAUACUUAAACGCUCGCCUUCGUGAAGAGGGUACUGGCUAUUUUGUUGCAGGGAAGCUCACUGCAGCAGAUAUCAUGUUGAGUUUUCCGGUUUAUGAGAACUUAUUCGACAAUGAGGCAGGUGUGAAGGAAUGCUCAGGUGAAACAGACCUAUACAGAAAAUACCCACUAUUGGGUGCCUGGUGUGACAAGGUGAAAAACGACCCAAUCUACUCGAGAAUUACCACCGUGAUGAGAAGAAAAGUGGAGGAGAUUCGCCAUGAACAACGAAGACGAUAA